AUUGUGUUCCGGUGGCAAGUCGAGAGAACGCACGCGGAUGAAAUAGAACUUGAAAACGAGACAUUUUUUGGAAUUUUAUAAGUAAUUUUGUUAUAAUUUAUAAAAAGCAAGUGCACAAAAUGUCAAACAACACAGCUCCGGACAGUUGGGAAUCUCAAGCCGAUUCUACAUCGACGAAUAACUCGCCACAACAUACUGCAGAUGUGACAACUCAUUUUUCCACGUUGAACGUGAAUGCUGUCGAGUUUGUGCCUUCAUACGCGAAAUCCUCCGAUAUCGUGGAAAAACCGUCGCCCACAAAGUCGCAGGAGUCCCAGGACAGUUCCCCACAACAUAAUCCCAUACUAAAUGGUACGAAUCCAGGUGACCAACAAGCAGAGGACCCUAGCGGCGGGUCUCCGCCCCCCACCGUCGACGCCCCUGACCCCCCUCCCGCCUCUUCAAGAGGGGGCACUCCUAGUCCCUCCCCAGUGAUCAGUGCAGGCAACAUCACACCCCCAGAUGAUGGAGAUGGGGGAGACAUUUCCCCUGUGGGUGGAAGCGUGGCAGAUGUGGGGGGCACAUGGGAAGAUGCUGCUGAUGAGGAUAGUGCUGAUGAAGCAGCUGGAGGGGAUAAGGUGGAAGCUUUGUUGGAUGAAGAAGAGCCGAGCUCUGAAGAGGCUCCUGUCAAGGUCAAGAAGAAGAAUCGACCCAAAGAGAGAGUGGUAGAAGAAAAGAAGGAGCAUGUUAAUGUUGUAUUCAUUGGUCACGUUGACGCCGGUAAGAGUACUAUCGGUGGUCAAAUCAUGGCUCUGACUGGUAUGGUGGACAAAAGAACACUUGAAAAGUACGAACGAGAAGCUAGAGAGAAGAGUCGUGAAAGUUGGUACCUCAGCUGGGCACUAGAUACUAAUCAGGAGGAAAGAGAAAAAGGAAAAACAGUUGAGGUCGGUCGAGCCUUUUUCGAGACGGACCGCAAACACUUCACGAUCCUGGACGCGCCCGGCCACAAGAGUUUCGUUCCAAACAUGAUAGGUGGCGCCGCUCAAGCCGAUCUCGCCGUGCUGGUGAUAUCGGCGCGCAAAGGCGAAUUCGAAACGGGAUUUGACAGAGGCGGACAGACCAGAGAGCACGCGAUGUUGGCCAAAACGGCCGGGGUCAAGUAUCUGGUGGUACUCGUGAAUAAGAUGGACGAUCCGACGGUCAACUGGGACGAGGCUAGAUACAACGAGUGUAAAGAGAAAAUCCUGCCAUACUUGAAAAAAUUAGGUUUUAUUCUGAAUAAAGACCUUUUCUUCCUCCCGUGUUCGGGACAGACAGGUCAAGGUCUCAAGGAUCAAGUGGACGAAAAAAUUUGUCCGUGGUAUAGAGGCCCCCCAUUUAUACCUUUCAUAGAUAGUUUGCCCUCAAUUAAUAGGAAACGAGAUGGACCUUUUAUAAUGCCUAUCGUUGACAAAUAUAAGGAUAUGGGCACAGUACUGAUGGGAAAAGUAGAAUCAGGAGAAUGCAAAAAGGGACAAGUAAUGCUCAUUAUGCCUAAUAGGACUCAGGUGACAGUUGAUAUGUUGUGGUCGGACGACGACGAAGUAACGUCGGUGGUGCCGGGCGAAAACGUCAAGAUCAAAGUGAAAGGCGUCGAAGAGGAGGACGUCAGUCCUGGUUUCGUCCUUUGCGAUUCGAUGAACCCCAUCAAGACGUGUCGAAUUUUCGAUGCUCAGCUGGUCAUCUUGGAGCACAAAUCGAUCAUUUGCGCCGGAUACAGCGCCGUCAUGCACAUACAUUGCGCGGCCGAGGAGGUCACCGUCAAAGCCUUAAUCUGUUUAGUAGAUAAGAAAACCGGAGAUAAAAGUAAAACUCGUCCGCGGUUCGUAAAACAAGACCAAGUAGCCAUAAUGCGAAUCGAAUGUGCUGGAGUUAUUUGUUUAGAACCUUUUAAAUCAAUGCCACAAAUGGGAAGGUUUACGCUCAGAGAUGAAAAUAGGACAAUUGCUAUCGGAAAAGUCCUGAAAGUGGUGGAGUAAACGACGCCAUCUCGUGGCCCAUGUUCAAUCUAGAGACUGUCGUAGAUCGUGACGAUUUAUAAAAAUAUUUUACCCGGACAAGUCCAUACGAACUGAUCGUCUUUUGAAGGCGAACACCACACAAUGUCGCCUAGUUGAAAAAAAGAAUAACGGAAAUUAAUUAAACGCGAAGACGAUUGUCGUAUUGUAAAAAAGGUGGUGCUGAUAUAGUGUGCAGAAUGUUACCACGAGUACCAUAAAAGUCGAACAUCAUAAAUCGAAGUGUUAGUUUCAAAAGACGUUAUCUGCAAUAGGGUGAAACAUAACCUUAUAUUCCGUAUUAGCACCGUUCAUUUUGAGUUUGAAGACUUUUUUAUGUUGUUUACUUGGUUUGUGCAUGUUUUCAAUAUACUUUGAGUAAUUAUCAAUAUGUGAGAAAUCUUGAGGCUUGUUUACCUGCAUUACUGUUGCAUUUGACAAAACCACAAAACGAAGAAUUUUUAUAGUCCAAACUUCUGAUAUCAGAACACUAAUUCACAAAUACUGAUUUUUAACUGGAAAUGCUAAAAUAAUUCUCGCCAACUACAAUUUAUAGGUUAUGUUCAAUCUUCAAUGUUCCUCGAGCUGUCAAGUCUGGAAAACACCUAUUUUUUCAUUGAUCUUAGACCCACCAUAACCAUUUGGUGUUCAAGCUUGCCUCAAAGAACCGAAUCUCAGUUUUAAUUCCUCAAUCAAGAAUUAGGGUUGAGACACAAUUUUUUGAUACUGAAGGAAAUGGAGUAUGGUGAGGAUAAUAAUAAUAUUAAUAAAUUCGUCUUUAUUAAACAUAUGCAAAUACAAACCGAUGUAACACCAGUGGCUAAGUUUAGCCGUGGGCUAUUCUUACAGUUAUCCACUAGUGUGGAAAGGUAUACAAAGUAUAUGAUGGCAUGAGAAGAACAAUAACUACAAAAUACAAGAUAUUUUAUAAUAGCAUGAAUGGCAAAGUAGAGCAUGUUACACACCUAAAAAAAAAAUAAGGAAAAGGUUGGCAUCAAUAUUAUGCAAUGACUAUGUAUAGUGUUUUCCACUAUUACUCAUUAAUAAUAAACCUUAUAUCUUUCCUAACUAUGAGUUAGCAGCUUUGCCGGUAUAAGCACUAGCGCAUUGUAGGUGAAACUGCACUGGAUUAAAGAAGUAUUAUGAUGGGAAAUAGUGAUUGUGAUUCUAUGCCUGAUGGUUUUAUUUUGCGGACUAGCUUUAAGAAUGAACUUUUCUCAAAGAUAUUGAGUCCAGAUGCAAGCAUUAAUUUGUGGAUGAAAAUAAAAUAAUUACGCUUCACCAAAUAGGGCAUUUUCCAACCAGUGCAAAAAAGUAAACAUAUUUGAGACAUGAUCAAAACGUCUUGGACCAAAUAUACAUUUUACGCAACUGUUCUGAACAACCUGCAGUCUGCUCUUAGCUAUGACAUUGAGGCAAUGAUGAAAUAAAAUAUUACGGUGGGCAAGAACUGGUAUUGAUGAUCUCAUAAAAAUUGCUAGAUAACGUUUUUUGGCAUUAACACCGCGAAAUGGCAACGGUGCUGCCGACUUAUGGUAAAACUCGACCGGUGUUGAAAUUGUUGCGAUUCGCACUUCUUACGAUUCUUGAGUUCUACAGUAAUUUUGGUAAAAAUAUUGUAUAAUGAUCAUUCUCGAACAAGUGAUUGUGACAUGUGAACGACUUUUUCGACUAGAGGACAAGAAAUGUUGGUGCUAUGGUUUUAUUUAUAAAUCAAUCUGUUCCUCUUAAUGCCUUUAACAUGAAUGAAGAUUUUCGGACGGUCACCUGGUACAAAUUUGCUUAAACGUUCAAUAAGCUAGUUGACACUCUUUUUAAGUAGGACUGACAGUUUAUGUUUGUUCUAUUUGACUACAAAAUCAAUACUGUAUUUAUCUUAGACAGGCGAAAACGCUGUCCGCCAUGUUUGGGCCAUAUUAAUGUGCUCUGACACCAUAUCAUUUGUAAACAGCAGCAUAACCUCUCAAACUUUUAAACAUAUAGUCAUAUUUGCAAAUUUCCCCUAAGUAAUUGUAGUCUGGUUUUAUUAGUGCGAGUUUUUCAAGGGGGUAUAAAAUUGGUAAACCACUUUUUGUGGGAAAACUUUUUAUUUGACAACAAAAAAUGAGAAAACAAGUUUUUUGGGAUUCAAUCGAAAGUGU